GGAAGCAGAGAAAGGACUGUCUGAUGCAAAUGAAGCUAAACAUCUCCAUGCUGUAUGGGUCCAGCUGCAGCUUGCGGGGCCAAACCGAAUGAAAAAGGAGAAGAUUAUAUGAAGGGUGAAAAAACAAAACUAAUUACUGGAGCACGGAUGACAUGGCGGGGAGUGAAGGCAUUUGGUCACGCAAAGAGGCUGGGUGCUGUUUAACAGAUGGCAGCCGACCAGUGGAGAGAGUGGCAAUGGACAGCAGAUGGAGAAGACAUCAAGGGGAGAUCAGAGAAGUGUCCUUCUACACCUUUCACGCUGCCAGCCUCUCGAUGCUCAACUUUCAUCAAGUUCAAUGUGCUAAGUGAAUCCUUUUUAACGGCAUUAGAAAAAAACGGAUUUAUUCGACACAAUAUUGCCUAUAACUAAAUAAAUAAUGACAUCAUUUGCAGUUACGAGAGUGAGCUACAUUAGACAAAUGUGUGACGUUUUGUGGUUGUGUACCACUAAAGACUCCAAACAAAGUAAUACGCAUAUAAUACCCGUCUCACAGUGUCACUCAAACCUGAGCAUUGUUACAUGCGCAGUAGAUCUCAAUGUGCAUGAUCAUGAUACAGUACUGUACAGUUCUAAUACACCAGCUGUAGUUUGAUUGUCAACCAACAGGAGGCAGUAUUGUACAAUACACCAUGUGCAAGCCUGCAGCAAGUGCAACCAGAAGGGUCUGAACGUGCAAAAAGCAACCAUGUCUUCAAUAAAAUGUCAGGAUGAGUGAGUGUGACGGUGGCAACGUGGGCGCUUUGAAACCACAGCAGGCAGGACUGUCGAAGUCGCGAUGGGGAGCAAGGCUUUGCACGCUCCGAUCCCCCUGCACCCUCCCCUGCAGCUCACCAACUACUCCUUCCUGCAGGCCGUCAACACCUUCCCGGCCGAGCAGCUGCAGGGUCUGUACGGCCUGAGCGCGGUGCACACCAUGCACAUGAACCACUGGACCCUGGGCUACCCGCACAUCCAAGGACUCCGAUCGACCAUCACAGAAAUGGCAGCCGCCCAGGGCCUGAUGGACCCCCGGAUCCCGUUCCCGGCGUUGCCCUUCACCACCGCCGCCGCGCAGCUCUUCCACCCAAAACAAGCCUCCAUUACGCACGGCGUGCCCUCGCUGCUGCUGCACAAGGACAGGCCGAGGUUCGAUUUCGCCAACCUGGCCUUGGCCGCCACGCAGGAGGACCCUCCGAAGGUUGCGGAUUUGGCCAAACUGGCGUCGGGACUAGGGGGGACGUGCAUAGCCGAGCUGAACAAGCUGUCCCCGGACAGGAAACCCACCCGGGGUCGGCUCCCGUCCAAGACCAAAAAGGAAUUUAUUUGCAAGUUCUGCGGCAGACAUUUCACCAAAUCCUACAACCUCCUCAUCCACGAAAGGACGCACACGGACGAGCGGCCGUACACCUGUGACAUUUGCCACAAGGCCUUCCGGAGACAAGACCACCUCCGAGACCACAGGUACAUCCACUCCAAGGAAAAACCCUUCAAAUGUCAAGAAUGCGGGAAAGGGUUCUGCCAGUCCCGGACUCUAGCCGUGCAUAAAACCUUACACAUGCAGGAGUCUCCCCACAAAUGCCCCACAUGCGGAAGAACCUUUAAUCAAAGAAGUAACCUGAAAACUCACCUUCUCACCCAUACAGACAUCAAGCCCUACAGCUGUGGCCGCUGCGGAAAGGUGUUUCGGCGCAACUGUGACUUGCGACGGCACAGUUUGACGCACAGCCCGCAUCGGGACUACUAAAAAAAAAAAAAGGCCCCCCUGCAUGGACAGAUGUGAUGAAUAAAUCACGGAACGACGGAAAAAAUAACCAACAACAAUUGGACAAAAAUGGACAAAAGGCGGGAAGAGGAGUGCACGUGGAUUGGGACUUGAUUGCAACGCCUGUAAAUAUAUAUUAUAUGGGGGGGAGGGAAAAAACGUGUAAAUAAAUAAACUAGUUUUUUUUUUUCUGGCAUUCAAAGUUGUUAUGAAAAAAGUUUGUUAAAUUGCAUUUUAGAAAUAAAUAUUUCAUUAUAAGCAUUUGCUUUUCUAUUAUUUUGUUA